AUGACUGGACGGUACAACGAACUAUCUAAAGCCCUUGAAACCCGACACAUAGACAUCUACGCAGUGCAAGAAACAUGGUGGAGUGGAAACAAAUCGUAUGACAUUGGAUGCAGUUACAAGUUGAUGUAUAAGGGCAUACACGGAUCAACUAGUGGCGUUGGCAUUAUAGUGUCAUUCAAGUUUGACAAUAAUAUCUCUGAAGUGAAAAGAUACAAUGAUCGUGUGAUGAAGAUUGUGUACAUCACAGAUGGCAGAAAAAUCCACUUUUUCAGUGCUUAUGCUCCACAAACUAGCCAAGCAACUUCCAUCAAGGACGCCUUUUGUAGGAUGCUUGAUGCAAAGACUGCUGAAGUACCCCCAGAAGAUUACAUCAUCAUCACUGGUGAUCUGAAUUGGCACAUAUGGUGCAGAAAGGAAGAACAUACCGCUCACGGUGGGCAUGGAUUCAGAGAAAAGGAUGACAACGAUCAGCAUAUCCUCGAUUUCUCUGAAGCUCAUAACCUGGCAAUUGCGAACACAUGGUUCAAAAAGCAUGACUCACAUCUAAUCACAUAUUACAGUGACAUUAACGCCACACAGAUCGACUACAUCCUCAUGAGACGACGUGAUCUCAAAGAUGUGCUUGAUGCACAGGUCAUCCCCUAG